AUGGGACUCGAGGAGACACAAAGCGAGAGACAAGACGCGACGCGUCCCAACGAAACGAAAGGAGUCCUCAUGCAAAACUCGCUGCUGAUGAAGACCGUCCUCGAUGGCGAAGGGUAUCCGGCGGGUGGGGGGAGUGAGUCUCCGGGGCACAAGCUCAAGGGUUCCGUCAUGGAGAUCGCCAGGUCCUGGGAACUGCAGCAGCCUGUGGCGCACAUCGAUUCGCUGUAUUUCCGGGACAAAACGCGCCAGAUCGACUACAUCAUCACCUACAUGGAUGAUAAGGACGAUGAAGAUGAUAUGAAGCAGAAUAUGAAGAAGCGAGAGAGUUUCCAGCAUCAACUCGAGGAAGAAGGACUGGAGUUGGAGCUCGAACAUAAGGCGCUCGAGGUGAGGCAGAAGACACGGAAAUCCUUUUACCGCCGGCUCACAUCGGUCUUCGAUUACGAUCACUCCAUCAUCCCCAGCGAGCCGGAACACUUCUCGGCUGGGCUGCAGAACGACAAAGAUCUGUUCCUGAAGAAGGUGCGGGACGAGGAAUUCUCUCAAUCCCAGAGGAACUACAUCGUGUACGAGCUCCUGCGCCGCACUCAAUACGACGACGGCGACGAGACCAAGUUCGGCAUCCAGCGACUCAUCAGCGACGGAGCGUACGAAUCCUGCUUCCCCCUGCACGACGGCCGAUACGACGUGGAUCCCCACGACGGAACGCUCAGCACUCGACGGCUGUUGUACAAGGAAUGGGCUCGUCCUGGCCGUUGGUACAAGCGCCAGCCGUUGUGGCUGAUCCGCAAUUACUUCGGUCCCGAAGUCGGUCUCUACUUCACCUGGCUGGGCUUCUACACCAGUAUGCUCUUCCCGGCAGCAGCCAUGGGUCUCAUCUGCUUUAUCUACGGCAUCCUCAGCCUCAAGGAUAACAUUCCCAGCUUCGACAUCUGCAACAAGAAUACAACUGGGAAUUACACCAUGUGCCCGCUGUGCGAUCACGUAUGCGAUUUUUGGAAGCUGAGCGAUAGCUGCAACACCUCCAAAUUCGCGUUCCUCUUUGACAACGCUGCCACUGUGGUGCUCGCCGUUUUCAUGGCAUUCUGGGGUGACUGCCACGCGAUGUUUACGCUCGUUGUCAUGGCAGCCACGCUAUUCCUGGAGCUCUGGGAGCGGAAGCAAGCCGUUGUCGCAUGGGAAUGGGAUCUUGAAGGCUUCGAGGAGGAAGAGGAACCCAGACCAGAAUAUGAAGCCAAGGUGAAGACGACUCGAUUGAACCCAGUGACGCUGCAACACGAGCCGUAUGUCUCAAGGUACAGCAGAUGCAUGCGACUCUUCACCGUCUCCUCUUUCAUCCUUUUUCUGGCUUCUUUGAGGGUCGAAUGGGUGUUAUUUGAGCAGUUGUUCCUGGUGCUGGCGGCCGUGUUUGGAGUGAUCGUGUAUCGCCUGACCAUAAUCGCCGUCCUGAAUUCGAGCCAAGUCGGCUUGUUCAAGUCGAACGCCAAGACUGUCGCUUCCGUUACGGCUGCCAUUAUGAACCUGAUUGUCAUCAUCUUCUUCAACUGGGUCCGUACCCUUUUGGCUUUCAAAAGCGUGGCAGUCGUAUUCGCAUCCCUUUUAUACAAUAAAGUAGCGGAAUUCCUGACAAACAUGGAGCUGCCUCGGACACAGACGGACUAUGAGGACUCCUACACCUUCAAGAUGUUUGUCUUCAAGUUCAUCAAUUUCUACUCUUCUCUAUUCUACAUUGCGUUCUUCAAGGCAAGACAGAGUGUCGUCAUGGCUGUACAUUCCUUUCAGGGUCGUUUCUACGGGCACCCGGGGGAUAAAGAGGCACGCGAUUCUUUCAGAUACGACCUCUGCGACCCAGCCGGAUGCCUCUAUGAGCUGUGCAUCCAGCUCUGUAUCAUCAUGGUUGGGAAGCAGGCUCUCAACAACUUCACAGAAUUGGCUCUCCCCGUAACGCAGCAGACCCUGAAACCAGUGAUCCAGUUCGGGUUUGUGACUCUGUUUGUGGCGGCAUUUCCACUGGCCCCACUCUUUGCCCUGCUCAACAACUUGGUGGAGCUACGCCUGGACGCGUAUAACUUCGUCUGCAAUGAGAGACGCGUCACGUCGAAGCGCGUCCAAGACAUCGGCGCCUGGUCUGGCAUCCUCAAGGCCGUCACCUACAUUGCAGUUAUUUGUAAUGCAUUUGUGAUUGCAUACACAACGGACUUCAUUCCCCGCAUGGUGUAUCAGCUCAGCCAUUCCUCGAACAAGUCCCUCGUAGGAUUCGUAGACGCUUCUCUUUCAGUGUUCAACACCUCGGAUUUCCAACAGGACUUUCUGCCCGAUGAGUACAGAUACAACCGUAGUAAUAUUCCACCGACAUGUCGCUAUCCCGGAUACCGCGAACCUCCCAAUUCUCAGAAUCCCUAUGGCUACUCGGAGUUUUACUGGCACAUCUUGGCGGCUCGACUCAUCUUUGUAGUCGUCUUUGAGUUAUAUUCAAAUUAUAUUCAAACAGGCAUGAGUACUAUGGCUGGAACUGAGAACACUCGAUGCCGCUAA